AUGAACAAAUUAAUACGUACUUGUGCUUUAAUUUUACGCUUCAUAAAUAAUUCUAGAAAAUACAUACCCAAUUGGAAAAUUGGACCGAUUUCACCAAAGGAACUUCAUGAUGCAGCCAAAACAUUAGCAAAAUUAGCUCAGCUUGAAAUGUUUCCUGACGGCAUUUUAAAGUCCAGAGGCAUGGCAUCUCUACACCCUUUCGUAGAUCUUGAUGGAGUUAUUCGUGUUGGUGGAAGAUUGAAGAAUGCCAACUUGCCGUAUGAUCAACAGCAUCCAAUCAUUUUGGUUCCAAAUCAUCAUUUUACCAAACUGAUUCUUCAGGACGCACAUGAAAAAACUCUUCAUGGUGGCAUUCAAUUGAUGAUGAGUUAUCUACGGCAAAAAUAUUGGAUUUUUCAAACCAAACGAGCAGUAAAACACUAUCUUCAUAUAUGCACUAUCUGUUAUCGGUAUAGGACUAAACCAACUUAUCAACUAAUGGGACAGUUACCAUCGCCCAGAGUGACUACUUACAGACCAUUUUCCCAUACCGGGGUUGAUUAUGCCGGUCCGAUCAAUAUCCGGGCUUGGAAAGGCCGCGGAGCAAAAACUUAUAAAGGUUAUUUGGCCAUCUUUGUUUGCCUAGCAACAAAGGCCAUUCAUCUAGAAGCGGUAAGCGAUCUUACCACUCAAGCUUUUCUCGCAGCAUUUCGUCGUUUCACAUCACGAAGAGGAGUCUGUGGUCAGAUUUACAGCGAUUGUGGCACAAAUUUUAGAGGAGCUGAGACAGAAUUGUAUCGUCUUUUGAAAGAUGCCACUCAUGACUGGAAAGAUGUUGCUGAAGUUUUAUCGUCACAAGGAACAAAGUGGAAUUUCAUUCCUCCUGCUUCUCCGCAUUUUGGAGGUUUAUGUGAAGCUGGUGUAAAGAGUGUCAAACACCACUUCAAAAGAGUUGUUGGAAAUGGGACAUUAACUUUUGAGGAACUCACCACACUUUUAGCGCAAAUUGAAGCGUGUUUAAAUUCGAGGCCUCUUUGUCCAUUGACUGAAAAUCCGGAUGACUUUAAUGCUUUGACUCCAGCACAUUUUUUAAUUGGAACCCAAAUGUUCACAGUACCUGAGCCAGAUCUUACGAUCGGCAAGACCAGCUACACUGAUCGGUGGAAAGCUAUCCAAUUCAGUUUGCAAACUUUUUGGAAUCAUUGGCAAUCUGAAUAUUUGGCCCGCCUGCAGCAAAGACCAAAAUGGCUAAAACCACAAAUUCAACUUCAAAUUGGAGACCUGGUUUUAAUUAAAGAUGAGAGACUUCCCCCAACAAAAUGGAAUUUAGGACGAAUCCUAGACACGUUCCCAGGAAAAGAUGGCAUUACAAGAGUAGUCAAGCUGAAAACGGAACAAGGAGAGUUUAAAAGACCGGUAACGAAGCUAUGCCCUCUACCAAUUAAUAACAAUGAACAUAACAUAACAAAUCAAGUCUAA